AUGAAUGAUUUCCAUGAAGCAAACACUGUGCUCUGGCCUACGGAGCAUGCUUCGAAUGGUGGCUGGGUGGCCCCUCCGGCUGGUUAUUUUAAGGUCAAUGUGGAUGGUGCAUCUCCUUUGGAUGACCACAGAGUCUCGGGGGUUGGCGCGAUUGUCCGUGAUGACAGUGGCAAUAUUGUUGCUGCCCUGAGUAAAGCUCUGCCUUCACACUAUCCAGCUGAGUGGACUGAGCUCUUAGCUAUGGAACAGGGAGUGCUACUAGCUCUGGAGUUGGCCAUUCCCAAUGUUAUCUUUGAAUCGGAUGCUGCCUCUAUUGUCCAAGCAGUCAUGCAUGAUCCUGGAGGAGGUGAAACGGGCCAUUUGAUUCAAGAAAUUCAGAAAGUAAAAUCUUCCUUCUCAAGUUGCUCGAAUUUUUUUUCUAAAUAA